GGCGCAGCGACCCCUCUCUUCUGAUAUUUUAUUUACUCCCGAAACCCAAGAUGGCUCCUGUGAAUGUCUCGGUCCCAUAGUAGAUAGAGGAUGCGUCCAUCUGCCGUAAAAACAACUUUUCCUCGACCGCUGCGUCCUCUGGAUUUCAUCUCGUAUGGUGCGGAGGAGCCCAUGACUUCCGUCUAGGCACCGAACAGCCGUCGGAGCGUCGCGAAACCUUCUUCAAUCCACCAAUUUGGAGUAGUUUCGCGAAGUAGCUCUCCUCGCUGUCGCUGUGUGUCCGGAGCGAGGUUCAGGCACGGCAGCUCAUCCAAAUGGCCGAACCGAGAAAAGUGCAAUUUGUCACCCUGUCGGCCUUCGCAGCCGGAGCAGCCGCGGAGUCCAGGAAACGCCGGCUAGAGGAUGAGGCCGACUUCAGCUUCGGUAGAGCCGGGGAGGUCGAGGCAGCGACCGGGGCAGGAGGUGGUGCUGCCAGUAACGGUCGUCUCGGCAAAACCGGCGACGGGGACAGGGCAGUAACCGAGAAGAGGGCGACGAUGCGGCUCAACCUGCCUCUGUCCGAGCCUGACGAUCGCGCCUCCGCCGAGUUUAACUACGGCGAACUCAUCCAGAGCCUGCAGGCAAAGAGUAAACCUCCAAGCCUGACUUCAGCCCACAAUCCCAACGACCCCUUCAACGAUGACGAGAAAGAGCGACUCCAGGUUGAGGCACUGGCCAAAAAGUUUGAAAAUAAAUAUGGAGAUACAGUGAAGAAGAGGAAGGACAGAAUGCAAGAUUUGAUAGAUAUAGGCUUUGGUUACGACGAGACAGACCCAUUUAUUGACAACUCAGAAGCUUAUGAUGAGCUGGUGCCUGCCUCUCUGACCACAAAGCUGGGGGGGUUUUACAUCAACACCGGCACACUUCAGUUCAGAGCAACCUCUGACUCAGAGGGAGAGGACGACAAGAAGCCGAAUGACGACAGGGAGCACAUAAUAAAAAAGAGAAAAAAGAAAGAAGUCAACAAUCUGGAAGAGAAGAACCUGAAAAAGAACAGAGUACCUAAACAAGGAGUGACAUCUCUCAACCUCCAUCGGCCGGAGAAGAAGAAGAGGAAGAAGCUAAUGAAGGACUCGCUGUACCUGGCUGCCAUGCUCCGGCGCUUCACCCGAGAGAAAGAGGAAAUGAAGAAGAGAAACCCCAACAUCGCACACCCUGUCCUGGCAGGAGGCUCGGCUAACAAGCCACACUCUGCCAACUGUACAAACCACCUGUUGGCCUCUAACUCCACCCAACCGCAGGGCAACGCAGCUAGCAAUGACCUCUCACUGGCAGAUCUCACAUCGGACCCUGCUGUGAUGUCACUGCUGGGCUCGGCCAAUGAGAAGGAGCUGCAGGAUCUCCUAGGAGACUUGGACUUUAGCUUGUCUGACACUGACCAACAGCAUGCCAUUGUGACUGCCAGAGAGAAUGGCAUUCUGGGAGUUGGUGUUCCGGGCAGUAAAGCAGCAGUCGCGGCAGCAGCAGCAGCAGCAGCAGCUGUAGGAGGAGGAGGAGGUGUUCAAGGGCGAGGCCUAGGGUCUUCCAGUGGGCUUUUUUCUCCUCCUCCGCUGCCUGCUGGACUACCUGCUCCUCUUAUGAAACGCAUCGAGGACCUGCGGGCGGCCUCGCGGCAGUUUGAUCAGGAGGGCAGGAAGAAAUUUUUCACCCUGGACAUGAAUAACAUUCUCUUGGAUAUUGAGCUGCAGGUCCAGGAGCAGCCUCCUGAGGCACGUUCAGAGAUCUACUCGCACAUGGAGGCUUUUGUGCCGUGCAACAAAGAAGCCCUCCUCAAACGAUUGAAGAAGCUCAGUCUCAACAUCCAGGAUGACAGAGUACGGACGCCACUGUUGAAGCUGAAGCUGGCCGUGUGCAGCAUAAUGCCAGAGCAGAUAGCACGGUAUAACAUGGACUGCAUGGCCAAGGUUGCCAAGCAGCACUCAGAGGAAGGAGAUAAGAACGGCUCAGAGGAGGAGGAUGAGGAGAAACCUGGAAAAAGAGUGAUGGGCCCACGGAAGAAGUUUGUCUGGGAUGACAAGCUCAGGAGCCUGCUGUGCAGCUUGGUGCGAGUAAAGCUGAGCUGCUAUGACAUGGAGAACCAGGGCUCUCUGUCUGUUGAGGACUACCUCAAGGCCUUCUUAGAGAAUGAGGUCAAACCACUGUGGCCUAAGGGCUGGAUGCAGACCAGGAUUUUAUUUAAGGAGAGUCUCGCCGUUCACAGUCACCUCACUGGAAACCUAGUCAAGAGGAGAAUGGUGCCUGGGCCCAAGGCCAAAGCCAAGGACGGUCUUUGGAUCCACAAACCACCUCUCACCAUGACCUCCACUCCAUCUUUGGCCACAACCACAUUCACUGUUACCUCCAACCGCCAGCCUUCUUCCUCUUCACCCUCAGAGCCCAUCUGUCUGUCGGACUCUCUGGAUGAGGAUCUGACCGCCCCGUCUCUGGACUCCAUUUCCCACGCUCUGGCUCUCCUCAGCAAUGCGACAAAAGGCCUCGGGCCCUCAGACAGCCCCUUGUCGCCUCCACCGCUCCAAAUCCCCACCUCCUCUCCUCCUCCGGUCACCCCUCACUACCCCUCAGCGCCUCCGCUAUCUGUCUUGGUCACGUCCACAAUGCCACAUCAUUCCCUGUCAAAAGUGGAAACUGCACCUCUGACAGCUCCAUCUGCUGCUCCACAUUUGCCAACGACGAUAGCAAUGCUACCAACCUCCUCUGCUACCUCCUCGUCCCCGGCUCUCUCCUCAUUGGCUCGUGUGCAGGCAGGAGCUACCUCUAGAACUGCAGAUAGCUCCUAUGGCACGAUCAAGGGAUCUGCCAUUGUGAGCCAAACCCAGAACCAGAGACAUGUUACCUUGGCAUCAGUGAAUCACAGGUCAAGCUCCAUGAUGGGCGGGAGUAGUAAAAUGCAUCCGCACCCCUCCCCGUCACCUCCGAAGCAACGGCCUCCACCCACGGCUUCUCCUCUGCUGCCUCCCCAUCAGAAGAGCUUUGUCACUCCUGCAGGGAUACUGGGAAGUAUGGGAGCUCUUCAAGGACUGGCUAAGAGCAGUGCCAAAGCCAGUGGCAUCAGCAGCAAUGGCAGUGCUGUGAGCAGCAGCAGCAUCACACCUUCAUCCUCCCCGUCAUCCCAGUCCCGCUCCAACUCGACCUCCCACCCGAGUCUGCAGUCCUUCUGCUCCCCCUCCCCAGUGUCGUCCUCACCCUCAUCCACCUCCCACACGUCACACUCCUCUCAAGGCAAAUCCCACACACACCAUCACCACCAGCCCAACUUCAUCACACCCAUGCAGGCCACACUCACCAAGUCCUCCCAUAGCAGCAACUCCUCUCCCAUCAUCAAGCUCACCCCUCGGCCUCCUGCACCCACUCCGCCUCCCUCUUCCUCCUCGUCCCCCUCCCCAUCAUCCUCACCUUCACACCCACUGUCCCACCAGAUGAUCCCCAGUCAGCAACAGCAACAACACCAGUACUCCCCUAAAACCCCCAAAACCUUCAGGCCGCCCUUCAGUGUGUCAGGAAGCGGGCAGUUAAAGCAGACACAGGGCAUUUUGAGCUUUGCUGGAGGCCAAAAGCCUCAGUCCUCCACCACCAACAGUAGCAUCAACAUCUCCCACAACAACAAAGGAGUGGUGUCGGCUGUCUGCAGUCACCCAGACAAAGCUACCCUGUCUUCUUCACCUUCGGUUUCAGCCACUCACGGGCAGAGGCAGAGGGUGGUGGGCGGAGCCAACCCAAGCUUAAAGCCAGGAAACGGCUGGGCGGCGUCGGGCACUUUGGCCACCUCCUCCACAACAUCACACCUCUCACAGGUUUCAACAGCAGGCUCUCUCUUGGGCAGCCCCUCUACUCUGCCCCUGGGCUUUGGCAUGCUGGGAGGCCUGGUGCCAGUCUCACUACCCUUCCAGUUCCCCUCUCUGCUCAAUUUCAGCCAUCCAGGAGCCGCUGGCAUUGGCUCAGCCCCCAGCUCCAACUCAGGAUACCCCAUAGCACAGAGCGACCUAAUUGAGCUGUAUAAGAGUCUCCAGUCAGGGUCGCAGGCUGCCCUACCUCCUCACUUGCAGCUUGCUUUCUCAGAUGUGAACCAAAGCCAGAGUGGAGACACGAAGAGGAAACCCCACUGACCAGUAACACUGCAGUCCACCCACACCAGUGGGGGUGACAUCACCGCCUCCUAGGUACACCCACCAGUAGGAGUCUUCAUUUCGAUCAAGUGACGUGAAGACGCGGAGGGGGGGCGGGGCUCCACUGCCUCCUUUUUAAAAUGGACCUAAAGGAGAAUCAGUUCAUCCUUCGCUACAAGUGACAAUGAUGAAUUCAUUUAAUUGUGUUUUCUAAUGAAUCCGGGUAUGAGAACAAGAGACGGAGUGAAUGAUGAGAACACUUGAGUUUUCGUUCAGCUUGUUAAUUUUAUUUUGUCAACAUGUUUACAUACGACCGACCUUGAUCACUGUGGAACGAGUGUGAGCGAGGUGGUGGCGAUGGUACAGAUGAGAGUAGUCGUACACUACGUAAUAUAAUUUGUAUUUAAGCUUAUAUGGAAUAACAGGACUCUUGUUCUUGCAGUACAAAAAAAAAAACAGACUUAAGUAAUUAAUUUUUAUUUUUCUGUCUUUUGUCUCAGAUGUGGGAAUUGUCGUGUCUGUAGAACUUUUGUUGGUCACCUCUGCUCCCACAAAUGACUGUUAAGUAGUAGCUUAAAUUAAUAUUGAUAAAUUAUUUGUAAUUUACACAGGGACAACAUGUUGUGUGUUUGUGUGAGCGUGCGUGUGUGUUUGAGUGAGAGCAAAGCAGUGAAGUUGAUCUGAAUGUGUGUAUGCACAUAAAAAAAAACAAAAAAAAAACAUGGUAAACUGUUAUUUUUCUUUCCAGAUGAAUCUGUAUGGAUGAGCAAAGAUGUGUUUCCCAUUUUCACAAUAUUGAGCGAGUAUAUUGAUGCCCCUCUCUCGCUCAGUGUGUUUCUUGGUGCUGUUUAAUCACACUGGACCUUUUCUGGAAAAAAGACUUGAAUUGAAAAGUUUUGGGCCUCUUCUGGAGAGUGGUGCCACCUGUGGGGGGGGGGGGGGUGUCGAGAUUGUAGCCUACUUGAAUUGUUUAUUUUACUUUUUUGUGAAUUAAGAUUUUUCAUUUACUUUUCUCUGCUUACUGACUCAAACCAACUUAAUAUAUAACACAACGCCUUAGUUUGUAAUGAAGUAUGAUAAUGAUCUAUGCAGGACUGUAAAACGCUCAAUGCAAAAGUGCAAGUUUGUCGCUUGGCUUUCAACCUCUACUCAAACUAUCAGUGUGUGUUUGGAGUAGUGAAUGUUUGUAGCUGUUCUUGUGUCACAUGAGACUCUUUAAUUUCCACUGUGUUCAGACAGAAUGUGAAGUGAAUUUGAGUUAUGCAGUGUUUUGCGUAAGGACAACGUGAUGAGACACAGUUUGGCAGCAAUUGGCGAUAGAGUAAAAUGAUUCUUAAUAUUUUUAAUAAGUGUACAAUCACCUGAUUGUAUGAAUUGUUGUUUUUCAUGACCCCAGCUCUAUGGAGGUCACCGUUUUGGACAACCAUGUUUUUAAGACAAACAUAAACAUGAUUUAGAGAUUUACUGAAGGCUACAUAUGUUCUCCAACACACUUGAGAGGAAAGGCACUGUGUGUGGUGAUGAAUAUUUAGCUGCAACAUCAAACUUUUAUCAAUAACUGUGGCUAAACUUUACAUACAGUACGUUUUUAAAGUGAAAGUUUAUGCCACCUUGACAAGAUGCUGCUGUUUUUUCUCGGCAGAUUUGGAGGUGUUGGUAUAAUUCCAGCAGGGUAACACCUCAGGACACCACUUUUCCGAAGUGCUUGUGUGAGCGCGACAUAAUUAUUGUUGAGUGACAGUAAAUCCAACAGCUGUGGGUUAAAUUGUGUUUGACCAUCUUUGGUUGACAAAGAGCCACAAGUGUUCGGCAGGUAGUCACAAGUUUCGACUAUAACUCUGUCAUUUAUGUUGCCUUAACCCCACCAUGAGCCUCAAAGUCUUUACACAGAGAAAAUUUAGAACCGUCAAAUUUCUGAUUUAUUGGAUCAAUACACUUUUGUAGUAUCUGUUUAUACGUGAUCACAGACUGCUACAAAUAUGCAGCACAUCACAGGACACUAAUGUAAAGUAAAGCUUCCCAAAGCAUGACGAUGCCCAUGUUAUGGAUUAUUUUUUGUUGUUUAUUUUUACUGUAUAUAAUGAAUGAAAUGUUUCCAAUAGGUUUUAUUGGUAUACUCUGUGUGAAUAUGAAGAAUUGGGAACAAAAAGGCAAGAACUGACUUCCAGUAGAAAUGGUUGUGUGGCUGUUGCUCAGUAGCUUACAGCAAAUGUCUAAACUGGUCAAAUUACAUAAGUCAUUAAAAUUCUCAUCACUGUCUGUCUGAACACUGUGAUAAAGAUUCCUUCCUUCCUUCCUUUGAAUACCUCCUAUAACUAAACCGUUCUUCCUUAAAUCUCGCUGACCUCCCCUGACCUUUUCCCUCGCUCUCUUCCAUGUUGUGAUGGACUGACCUGCACCAUCAAGAAUGAUGCCAAAGAUUGCUCCUGCUGUUCUUUUCUAAGAUGGGAUGUUGCUGGUCAGUGUGUGUUUGUGUGUGUUUGAUUGAGAGAGUGUGAUAAAUCUGACAUGUAAACCAUGGGUGUCAUUGUAAAGUCAUGUGACCGGAGCAGUGGGUGACAUCUUAAAAAUUGUGCUUUCUUUGUGAGGGGAGGAAGACAAAAGAAGACAUUUUGUGGUAAACUGGUUACUAUUAUUUGGUCUUUUGUAGAUGAUUUUUGUGUGUCAGUUAUGAAAUUAAACAAAACAGGUGGUUUUCAUGA